AUGCCGUGCAAUCCUCAACAAGCCUCCUGCGAGGGCUGUUCCUGCGCUGCCGCCACGGCCGCGCCGGUGAACAUCGAAGACUGCGAGAGCGAGCUGCUCGCCCUGCGCCAGCGCACCCACGACUUGGAGAAAACCCUCGCCACCCUCAAAGAUAAUCCCGGCAUGACUGCGCUGUACAUCGAGCGCUACUGCAACUACGGCAUGACGCGCGAGGAGCUCAUGUCCGGCAAGCCGGUGAUCGGCAUCGCGCAGUCCGGCUCCGACAUUGCGGCUUGUAAUCGGCACCACCUCGAGCUGGCGAAGCGUGUCCGUGAAGGUAUUCGCUCAGCCGGUGGUAUCGCGUUUGAGUUCCCGACACAUCCUAUCCAGGAGACUUCGCGGAGACCGACGGCUUGUCUGGAUCGCAAUCUGGCGUACUUGGGCUUGGUAGAGAUUUUGCACGCGUACCCGUUGGAUGGCGUGGUGCUUUUGACGGGUUGUGACAAGACGACGCCGGCGGCGUUGAUGGCGGCUGCUACUGUGAAUAUUCCCGCAAUCUGUCUCAAUGUCGGCCCGAUGAUCAACGGCUACCUUGGCAAUGACCGGGCAGGCUCCGGCAUGGUGAUGUGGAAGGGGAGAGAAAAGUAUGCGACGGGCGAGAUUGACCGCCAGGAGUUCAUGGACUAUGUGGCCAAGGGCGCACCCUCCGUGGGACACUGCAAUACAAUGGGCACAGCGUCCACCAUGAAUGCCCUCGCCGAAGCCCUGGGCAUGGCCCUCCCCGGCUCGGCCGCUAUUCCCGCGCCGUACCGCGAGCGAGCCCAAUGCGCCUAUGUGACCGGCGAGCGAAUCGUCGAGAUGGUGCACGCCGACCGCAAACCGAGUGAUAUCAUGACCCGUGCGGCCUUCGAGAAUGCCAUUGUCGCCAAUACCGCCAUCGGCGGCAGCACGAAUGCGCCCAUCCAUAUCAACGCCAUUGCCAAGCACAUGGGCGUGCCGAUCUCGCUCAACGACUGGGACCAGCUUGGAUUCCAGAUCCCGCUUCUGCUUAACAUGCAGCCCGCUGGCGAAUUUCUGGGCGAGGAGUACUACCGCUCCGGCGGUCUGCCUGCUAUCAUGGCGGAGCUGCUCGAGGCCGGCAAGCUAAAUGCCAAUGCAUUGACCUGCAACGGUCAGACGGUGGAGGCGAAUGUGCGCGGGAAGCAGACGUGGAACCGUGAUGUUAUCAAGGAAUAUAAUAACCCGCUGAUGGCGGAUGCUGGGUUUGUGCAUCUGCAGGGCAGCCUGUUCAACUCGGCGAUCAUGAAGACAUGCGUGAUCUCUCCGGAUUUCCGCAAGAAGUUCCUCGAGAACCCAUCUGAUCCGAACGCCUUUGAAGGCUCCGUUGCUGUAUUCGACGGGCCAGAGGACUACCACCGCCGCCUAGACGACCCCGCCACACCUAUCGACGACUCAACCAUCCUGGUCAUGCGCGGCGCUGGCCCGCUGGGCUACCCCGGCGCCGCAGAGGUGGUCAACAUGCACCCACCGGGACGCCUCCUACGCCAGGGCGUCGCCUCACUCCCCUGCAUCGGCGACGGUCGCCAAUCCGGCACGUCAGGCUCACCGUCAAUUCUAAACGCCAGUCCCGAGGCAGCCGCCGGUGGGAACCUUGCCCUGCUGCGCGAUGGAGACAGACUGCGCGUGGAUUUGACGAAGCGCCGCGUCGAUAUCCUCAUUGACGAGGAGGAACUCGCCCGUCGUCGUGCGGAACUCCAAAAGAAUGGUGGUUUUGCUGUGCCGGAGAACCAGACGCCCUGGCAGGAGAUCUUCCGCCGUGAGACGGACCAGUUGAGUGAGGGUAUGGUGUUCCGCGACGCGGUUAAGUAUCAGCGCGUGGCGCAGAAGUGGGAGGAGCCGAGGCAUAAUCAUUAG